AUGGGAUCAGUCUCGGCACUAAAACUGCGAAGCCAGCGUCUCACAAACUCCGGAUCAAUCGACCACCUAGAAUAUGUCGACUCGUCACCAAUAAUCGGCCGUGAAUAUCCUACAGCCAAGCUGAAGGAUAUGCUCAAUGCGUCGAAUUCUGAGGAACAACUCCGUGACUUGGCCAUAACGAUCUGUGAACGAGGCGUUGUGUUCUUCAGAGCACCACAGGAUGACCUCACCAUUGAUGAGCAGAAGAAGAUCACCGAGUUGUUGGGAAGUUUGACCACGAGACCAAAGGACCACACUUUGGCCAUUCAUCCACUUUUCAAUGAUCCUAAUAACAUUCCCAUGGCGGAUGGGACGACGGAUAAGAAUAUUUAUGUUAUCAAUUCGGAAGCGAUGAAGAAGUUAUACAAGACGAUGAAGAAUCGUCCGGAUGCCAGCUCCGAGCCUAGAGAUCUCAGUCGAGAGUGGCAUUCUGACGCGCUAUUCGAAGAAUGUCCAGCCGACUUCAGCUUCCUCCGAAUGCAAGACACACCUCCGGCUGGAGGCGACACACUCUGGGUCUCUGGCUAUGAAAUCUACGACCGCAUGUCCCCACCAAUGCAACGCUUCCUCGAGAGCCUGACAGCCGAAUGCGCCCAGCCAGUAUUCCGCUCCGCCGUCGAGGCUGGCGGAUACGAACUCGUCUCCCCACGAGGCUCGCCCCUGAACGCCGGCGAUAAAUUUGCGCCGCACCACCCCGUUGUCCGCACGCACCCAGUCACAGGCUGGAAAUCGGUGUUCGCGGGUGUCGGUUUGCAUGUGUCGCGCAUUGAUGACGUCUAUGGCUACGAAGACCAGAUGAUCCGCGAGUAUGUUAUGCGUCUGAUCACGAGGAAUCACGAUUGCAUCGCCCGCAUGCAUUGGACUAAGCAGGCUUGUGCGAUCUGGAGCAAUGCUUGUACAUUGCAUGCUGCUACUGUAAGUGGACUUCGUGCUUUUUGUUCGCCUCUGAUCCCCCUUGUCCACGACUCGUUGAUUUGGGUUCAAAUCCACAUUUCUCCCGAGUUGGACACAGCUUCCUUCCUUGAUCCCAAAUUACACAUCCCAUAUUUCGAAGGUCAACAUCUAACUCUUGAAUUACAGCCCGACACACAUCUCGUCGACGGAAUCCGAACCGGGGUCCGCGCUUCGGGCGUUGGAGAGAAACCAUAUCUAGAUCCUGCGUCGACAGGCCGGAGGGAAGGGCUCGGGCUACCCAGAUUCUGA